GAACUAGGAUCCAGCGCGGUUUUCAAAUGACGGCUGUGUAACACUAGUCUUUGCCUAAAAAUCGGAUCCCCAUACAGUAAUCGAUAUUAAUAAUUGACAUCUAAUAUUGUGAGACUGUGGAGUAAACAACUUAAUUUUUUCCUUUGUAUGGGCUCAAAGUCUAAAGCUAAGGGAAAUCAUAAAAAGCAUAAGAAGAAUAAUCAUCACUUAGAAAGCCAACAGGACCGAACGUCUAAAACAUGUUGUAAAGGAGAUGAUGAAAAUGAUUAUUAUCUAAAAAAUGAUCCAUCAGCACCAGAAUUUCGUCAACAAUUAAAUCAAAUUGGUUUAGAUUUCCGUGAAGUACCAUCAGAUGGAAAUUGUUUAUUUUCAUCGUUAUCUGAUCAAUUAUAUGGAACUAUAGCCAAUCAUAAAGAAGUUCGUGAACAAGCUGUACUUUACAUAGAAAAACAUAAAGAAGAAUUUGAACCAUUUUUUGAUGUCAAAGAUAGACUGAAUAAACUUCGAUUACUUGGAACAUACGGUGGUCAUGAGUGUAUUAUUGCAAUAUCACGAUAUUUUUCUGUUUAUAUUAUUAUACAUCAAUUGAAACAAAAACCUUGGCUAGCGGGUAUUCCUGUUAUUGAUAAAACACAUGUUGACGUUUCUAUCUACCCUCAACUACAUUUAGCUUAUCAUAAUGGUGAGCAUUAUUCAAGCGUACGAGUUUUUGGCGAUAAUUCCAGUAAUCCUACAAGAAUAAAAAUUUGUCUUUCAGCUGAAAAUUCUGCCUCAUCUACAAACAAUACAUCUGACAAGAAGUAUGUAGACUAUUCUUCUGAUGGUUCAGAUGAUAGAAGCUCUAUUCAUUCAUCUAAAAGCCAUAAUAAACAGUCGGACAAAAUUGCUAGCUGUAAUUUAGACUACUUUCAAACAUUUCCAUUUCGUAGAAAAUUAAGCAAAAAAGAAAAGCGUCAACGUAAACGUAGCUCUCUUGAAUUAUCUAAUCCUGAAUUUGUUAUCAAGUCUAUUUCAGCUCUACAUAUAUAAUUUAUAAGUGAUUGUUACUUCUUUGUGUUGUUAACAAAAACUUUUCUGCUUCUCAUUUCAUAUUAAAUAAUAAGUCUGUAACAAACUGUAUAUUUGAGAUUUUCAUAUUAUUUUGCUUCCUUCUUGAUUAUUGAAUCAUAUUUAUUGACUUUAUAUUUUUCAAUUAUGUAGUUUUUACAAACAUAAAAGUGCAGUGUAUUUAUUCAAGAUUAUAUUCUUUUUAUUACUGAACUCUUUGUUUUGAAACUGUCCCGAUGUUGUAUAGCUUGUCAGCUGAGUGUUUGAGAAUUGAAAUAUCAAUGAAAAUUAUUUUUUACACAAUUAAUGGAAGUUGUAUUUUUUUAAAUUAACAAAUUAAACAUUUCGCUUAGGAGUCUGGUUUAAGCGGAAAAAAAGUAAAAACAAAAUAUGGGCACUUUUAUUGCGUAAUUCACAGUUGUAGUAUUUUCUGUUUGUAAUUAAUACAUUUUCUAUUACUUCUUCAUUUUUAUAUUUCAUGAAAAUACUGCUAGCUGUUUCUGUCUUCACUAUUUAUUAUCCAGUAAAUGCAUUACCAUAGUUCAUUAGUCAAUAAAGAGAUUUUAUGAG